UUUUUUUUUUAAACUAACGGAUUAUUAUUGUUGUUGUUUUAAAUUUAGCUCUUAGGGCUUAGCUGUUUGGGUUUCCUUUCGGUGCCCAGCCCCUGUCUCCCCGGCUUCCCUGGCGUGUGCGGAGCGGCGGCCCCCGCCCGCCCAGCAGCUUCAGCGCCCCUCGCUCGCCUCCAGCACGGGGGAGCGCGGGCGCCGCGCCGCCUUUAAAGUGAGGCCAGGGGCCGAGGCUGUGACCGGCCGGGAUCUGGGCCUCGCCUCUUCCCUCGGUGGCGCUAGGGCUCCCUGUCCUGUUCUCAGUGCGGACGGAGAAGCGAAAGCGGAUCGUCCCCGGCUGGGCUGCCGCUGCCUCCGGGACUCAUCGCGCUCCUCCCUGCGCACCCACCCACCCACUGGGCCCGGCCCGGCCGGGCCGCGGCGGCAGCUCGGCUCACCCAGCCAGAAUGUUCGCCGCCGGGCUGGCUCCCUUCUACGCCUCCAACUUCAGCCUCUGGUCGGCCGCCUACUGCUCCUCGGCCGGCCCGGGCGGCUGCUCCUUCCCUCUGGACCCCGCCGCGGUCAAGAAACCCUCCUUCUGCAUCGCAGACAUCCUGCACGCCGGCGUGGGGGAGCCGGGGGCGGCCGCGGAGGGUCUGGCGGGGGCCUCGGCCGCCGCCCUCACCGCUCACUUGGGCUCGGCUCACCCGCACGCCUCUUUCCAAGCUGCCGCCAGAUCCCCGCUUCGACCCACCCCGGUGGUGGCGCCCUCCGAAGUCCCGGCUGGCUUCCCGCAGCGGCUGUCUCCGCUCUCAGCCGCCUACCACCACCAUCACCCACAGCCACAGCAGCCGCAACAGCCUCCGCAGCAGCCGCAGCCUCCGCCUGCGCCCCGGGCUGGCGCCUUGCAGCCCCCUGUCUCCGGGGCGCGGGUGGUCCCGAACCCCCCGCAUAGUGGCUCGGCCCCGGCCCCAUCUAGCAAGGACCUCAAAUUUGGAAUUGACCGCAUUUUGUCUGCAGAAUUUGACCCCAAAGUCAAGGAAGGCAACACGCUGAGAGACCUCACAUCCCUGCUAACCAGCGGGCGGCCCGCAGGGGUGCACCUCCCCGGCCUGCAGCCCUCCGCCGGCCAGUUCUUCGCGUCUCUAGAUCCCAUUAACGAGGCUUCUGCCAUCCUGAGCCCCUUAAGCUCGAACCCGAGGAAUUCAGUUCAGCAUCAGUUUCAAGACACGUUUCCAGGUCCCUACGCCGUGCUCACGAAGGACACCAUGCCGCAGACCUACAAGAGGAAGCGCUCCUGGUCGCGGGCGGUCUUCUCCAACCUGCAGAGGAAAGGCCUGGAGAAGAGGUUUGAGAUUCAGAAAUACGUGACCAAACCCGACCGGAAACAACUGGCCGCGAUGCUAGGCCUCACCGACGCGCAGGUGAAGGUGUGGUUCCAGAACCGGCGGAUGAAGUGGCGGCACUCCAAGGAGGCCCAGGCCCAGAAGGACAAGGACAAGGAGGCGGGCGAGAAGUCGUCGGGCGGAGGCGCGGCUGCCGACGGUGAGCAGGAGGAGCGGAGCCUCAGCCGCUCGGAGGGCGAGGCCGAGAGCGAGAGCAGCGACUCCGAGUCUCUGGACAUGGCCCCGAGCGACACGGAGCGGACUGAGGGGGCCGAGCGGUCUCUGCACCAGACCACGGUCAUCAAGGCCUCGGCCGCGGGCGCCCUCCUCCCGGCCAGCGGCGGCGGGAGCGCGGGAAGCGGCGGCGGCAGUUUCAGCUUCGCCAGCCUUGGCGGCGGCGGCGGCGGCGGCGGCGGCGGCGGCGGCGGCGGCGCGGGGAGUGGGGGCGGCGGCGCCUCGGAGCUGCUGCCGGCGCCCCAGCCCACCCUCAGCGGCGCUCCGCAGAGUCCCGAACCCGCCCAGGCACAGCUGGGCGGCCUGUAGACUGCACGAGGCCGGGGCCCCGGGGCCCGCGUGCCGCCCCCAGCCUCCCAGGGUGGGCUGGAUUUUGCGCCUGCUUUGUGUUGGCAGCGGGGCCGGGGCCUGAGACGCCGCGGCGGCCUUGCCCACGGUCCCACCUGCCCGUCGCUGCCGCGCUGGUGCCCAGAGCCCGGGGCGGGGUGGGGGGGGGGGAGCUCAGUGCCCCCGCCUGAGAACCCCGCGCCGGCCAAACACUUCUCCCGGGCGGCGAGCAGUUCACACUGUGAAGUGUUGGACGCAACAGUUCCUCCCCGCACUCGGGGUCGUGGCGCAAAGACAAGCUGCGCUUAGGGCGCCACAAACUUGUAAAUAAAAUGUUUACUACGGUUUGUAAA